UUCGUUUUGGGCUGCGAGUUCUGGCGCUACGAUUUGAUUAGUUCGAUCGGCAAUUGCUGGUUUUGCGUUUGUGGAAUAUGCUCGGCUUCGAAUGUACGCCGCGAUGGGGGCCGAUGUGAAGUGGUUUCGUGUUGCUUCGGUCUUUAUCAGGAUGAGGUGGAAGCGGCGAUGGUUCUAGGGGUCGAGGGGAAGGAAGGAGCGAAGGCUAAUAAUACCUGCGAAGAAUGCGGCGCCACUUUGAAGAAACCCGCGUACUUGAGGCAGCAUAUGCAGGGCCAUUCGCUCGAGGAUAAAGUAUGUUGGCUCAUCUAGUUAUGAUAUAAUAUGGUGUGAAGCAUUGGAUCCCACUGAAAAGGACUCCAAAGUGCAAGAGGCUGCAAUCUUGUAUCUUGAUUGGACUAGUAUCAGGUUGGGGGACCAUCAAGUCAGCCUCGGUCACGCAUGUUCUAUUUUGAGAGGUCUUUCAAGUGUUCUAUACAGGAUUGCUCUGCCAGCUAUAAGAGAAAAGACCAUUUGGCUCGUCACUUUCUUCAGCAUAAAGGCAAGAUUUUCAACUGUCCUAUUGAUGGUUGCAAUAAGUCAUUUGUGUAUCAAGGGAACAUGAAGAGGCACUUGAAUGAAAUUCACAAUGAUGAGGAACCAUUGACGUCUGGUGAAUGUAAGAGUCUGAAGCAGCAUGUUUGUCCGGAGGGUGGGUGUGGAAAGGUUUUCAAGUUUGCAUUGAAGUUGCAAAAGCACGAAGAUUCUCAUGUCAAACUGGAGAAUGUGGAGGCUUUCUGUUGUGAGUGCAUGAAAUACUUCAGCAAUGUUGACUAUCUAAAGGAGCACAUGCGGUCAGCUCACCAAUUAGUCAAUUGCGACAUAUGUGGGACUAAGCGGUUGAGGAAGACUAUCCAACAGCAUCUCCACACGCAUGAGAAGAAAAAUUUGGCUGAUUCAGAAGCAUUCAGAUGUCAUGUUGAGGGUUGUCUCAGCAUUUUUUCAACAGUGCAAUGCAGUCACCUACUAAGUAGAUUUUGGCUGGGCAUGGAAUAUAAUUGUAUGGAACUUUGAAGCGAGUUCAUUUAUCGUGUGGCUGCUGAGUGUA